AUGGACAGACUUGAGUCGCUCUCGACGACUCUUCAAAACAUUACCCUCUAUGACAUCAAAAGCAUGUACAACCAGGCCAAGAACGUCGUCCUCAACGUGAGCGAGAUGGAGGCCAAGGUCAGGGAGGCUACCAACGACGAUCCCUGGGGCGCGAGCUCGACGCUGAUGCAAGAGAUUGCGCAAGGGACAUUCAGCUUCCAACACUUCAAUGAAAUUAUGCCCUGCAUAUAUGCCCGAUUCAUGGAGAAGGAGGCUAGGCAGUGGCGGCAGAUAUACAAGGCUCUCCAACUCCUUGAAUACCUCAUCAAACACGGAUCAGAACGUGUGGUUGAUGAUGCUCGUUCACAUAUAUCCACCCUCAAAAUGCUUAGAAACUUUCAUUAUAUUGAUGAUAAGGGCAAGGACGAAGGCAUAAAUGUCCGUAACCGAUCUCGGGAACUCGUCGAACUCUUGUCAGACGUAGAGAAAAUACGUGGUGAACGCCGAAAAGCUAAAACAAACAAGAGCAAGUACGUUGGUGUUGGCAACGACGGCAUGACCGGUAUGUCGUUUAGUGGUUCUGGAGGGCGAUAUGGUGGCUUCGGCAGUGAUAGCCUUGGAGGUGGCAGUGGCUCUAGUUACGGAAACGACUAUGGAGGGGGAGGUUCAUACGGCGCUGGUGGUAGCGGCAAUGCGGGUGGAUUCAGCGACAACAACGGUCGACGUGGGUACGAGGAAUACAAUGCUGGAGACGACGAGGUUCCGCACACCACUACACCUCCAACUCUUCGCUCCUCGAACUCAAUUCGCAAUACCACAAGGAAAGCUAGUGCCCCUGCCGCACCUCCUCCUGCACCAGUGGAAGACCUGCUAGGGGGAUUUGACGAUGAUACCUUCAGCACCCCUGCCCCCGCCCCAUCUUUGGCCACCAACAAGGCGCUUCCUGUUGUCUCGAAAGCUGUAGUUACCCUUGAUGACGAUGACUUUGCAGACUUCCAAGCAGCCCCAGUUCAAUCUGCACCUGCCGUUGCACCCGCUCCAACAACGAAACCGAACCUCAUGGAAAUGCUCAACUCUUCCCCAGCACCUCCAGUCAUGUCCACUACUACCACCAAUUACGGCCAGCCUUCAGCCGGUUUUCGUAACAUGGGCACGGGUUUCAACAACAUGGGGAUGGGAGGACGCAUCGGAGCAGGACAUCGUCCAUCCCCUUCAGUCUCCUCCCAGUCAUCGCAGUUUUCCUCUCCACUCGUCCCCCAACAAACGUCGUCGCAGAACUUCUUUGGCGGUGCGCCGAUGAAGCCAUCCACACCCGUAGGAGGAGCAGGAGGACGCCCUGCCUCCACGCAGCCUGCGGCCGCGAAACCGAGCGCGAACUUUGACGAUCUGUGGUCUCUUUCCCUUGGAAGUUCGGGGGCGACGAAGCCUGGUACUGGUCCUGCCAAUCCGAAAUCGAUAAAGGACUUGGAGAAGGAGAAGGCGUUGGCUGGGCUGUGGGGUGGUACAAGUGAUCUCAAUACGCGUGGUGCUAUGGGUGGUGGGUUUGGGUCUUUUGGUGGUGCUGGCGGUACGAGCUCUUCUUCGAAUGCGGGUGGAGAUGAUUUGUUGUUGUUGUAG